AGUAAGUUUAGUUGCUUGAGAGCAGUCAACGGCUAAACACUUUGAUUUUGCUUUGUACGCUUGAAUUGUUUUAAAUAAUAAUAAAUAAUAAAAUAAAAAAAGUUCAAAAUCUUAAAGUACUAGUGUUCCCCGAUUUUUGUCUACAACUCGAAAAUAAAAAAUUGAAACGAACGUGCAUCGCCUCGCCUCGCCUCUAAGAAAAAAUUAAAUAUACAUAAAUUAUAAUAAUUUAAAUUUUUAAACGAAAUUAGCUGUGUACUUCGUAUACGUAAUUAAAAACGUGCUUGAAGAAUAGUGAUUGUGCAAUAGAAAUUAAGAAAUUAUAAUGUCAUUCUUUCGCAAUAUACGUUCGACAAUAACGCGUAGCAAAAGUUCGUCGCGUGACACUUCGCCAGUGCGUAACUCACGGCCCGGCAGUGUUAUUAGUAGUGUAACUGAACGUAGAGACUCGAUAGAUUCUCGCGCAGAAUCCAUACUAAAUCGCAGUGAUACGUUCAUAUUAAAUUCCGAUCAGGAAGAUAAAAAUCACUCAAACACAUCGACUUUAGAAAAAAAAUCGAAAAAAUCAAAAGUUUUAAGUAAAUUCAGUACAUUUACGAAACGUAAGAAAACGCCAACUCCAGAACAAACGAGCAUGGAACAUCAUCCCAGUGACAAUGCUACAAAUACUUACUACAAAUGGAAAACUGAAGGAAGCUCGAAUAUAGAUUAUGAUUCCCUAACAGAUCCAUUUAAUUUUCUCUAUGAGCAACAAUCAAGUCUUAAGUCUCUACAAAAUGGCAACAUAGAACCGGCCGUGCAAAGGAGUAAUAAUAGCAAUAACAAUAAUAGCACCUUCGAUUCGUCCACUUAUAGAAAGAGUAAAAUGCCAUUACAUUUAAAAGAACAAUUGGAGCAGUUGAAAACACAGACAAGUACAGACUUAGAUGAAACUGAGGAAAAUGAAAGUGAUAAAUACAAAACUGUCACUUUAAAUACUUUUCGUAAAUCAUUUCGGGAUAAAUUUUUGCAACAACAAAAGGACGCUCCAUAUAAUCCCGCCUGGUUUGUUAAAGUUGAAUCACCUGCACCGACAGUAAAUAAAACUGAUAAGGCCGACGAUUCAGUUAAACAAAGACGUGAAUCAAAAGAAAAUCGUCCUGACUUUUUUGAGUUUGAAAAUGAAAACUAUCGUCCACAAUCACGUUCACCAGUACGCGAUCGCAGAACGCAACAUGCAUCCCGCUCUAGCACACGUUCACCUGUAAAAAGAAAUGAAACAUUCCGUGUUGAGCGUAACAAUGAAAAAGUUCCAACAACAACAACGACUACAACAACAACAACUGCACCUUCAAUACGUAUUGAAAUAAAAAAUUCUAUAGCACCAAAUAUGCCUGGACGAAUUGUACCAGUUGGGGUAGCCAAACCCAUGCCGUCGCAAUAUAAUACAACACAAUAUAAACAACAGCACAAAAAUGUUAUAACAACGCCUACUCCAAUGACAACAACAACAAAUAUUAGCCACAUAAGCCACAAAAAUGCACCUUUAAAAACUUGGCUUAAACCGCAAACAGUUUCGCCCAGUCGAAAUUCAAAUGUGACCCAUAGCUCUGGACGAUUUCAAACGCUGGUGCAAAUGCGUAACGAUGCUAAUACUUCAAGACAAUACUCCCCGCAUACUACACGUAACGGUGCAUUGUCAACACGUAUACAGCUUGGCGGUACAACAGCAGCAGCAACAACAACAACAACAGCAGCGCCGAAACUUUAUACAAGCGCCACAACAACACGUUAUAUGCCGCACAUCAGCUCCACCGCAGUUGGAAACUAUGAACUGCAUAAAAGCCAUUUAACACCGACGCUGCAAGCAGUGCAUAAAACACAGAAGCCUAGUCCAGUGCAAUUUUCACAUAAACCAAAACAUACCACCUACUUUGGAGAUACACAUUUACCGCAAACAAUGGUAAAUAGUGCGCAUUACAGUGGCACCUGCGCAUUUGGUAGCGCUGCUAAGAUCUCGCAAACUCAAGCGCUACCACAGACACGUACGACAGCAGUAAAUCGUACCGCUGGCAGCUAUUUAAGACAUUACCAACCAUUGCAACAGACAUCACAACAACACCAACAACAACGAGUUAUUGUACCACUGCAGAGGCGUUCUCGUUCGCCGAUCAAAAUGCCAUGGAGAUAGAUCAAUCGCAUGUGGGCGUAGGUAGCUGACGCAGAACGGAUUACGAAAUAUUUUUGUUGAAAAUUAAAUAACAAUUGUUAAAUUAUUCUAAAAAUAUAUAUAUGUAA